UACAAAGGACGAUUCCUUUCCAAUGAUAAAAGUCACCAGUCUGUUAUCGGUACCUGCAUAAUUACAUGUAGGUAUGAAUGUUUAGUUGAAUACAUUGGAUGAAGGCCUAAAGGAUAUCACAAUGGAAUUCUUUGUAAGUAAAUCUGUUGUCAUACAUGAGUGUGUAGCCACAGAGACUAAAGUUGAUGUUGAAAUUCCAUCCGGUAGCAACCAGCAGACGCUAAACCCUUCGGAGAUUUCAUGUUCAGUUGAAGCUGCUGGCUCUUCCCAACACACCACCAUGAACCGCUCUCGGGGGACAAGUCUCAAGAAACAGUUUUACCAAAUGGGUCAGCUUCAUGGGGACAUCAUGAGCUUUGGUUCCUUGGAGAACUUUGUGCGGGAGAGGGGUAACACCAUUGACCAUGCUGGUUGGUCUCUCAAUCACCUAAGACAGAAGUUUCAGGCCAUGGAUAUUGAGGAUUUAUAUGAUAAGUACUGUGCCCAGAUGCGACAGUCAUUGGUGUGUGUCAUGUGUGUGUUGGGGAUUCUCUAUGGGAUAUCGCUCAUUGUGCUGUUUUUCCUCUAUGAACAGGAGGCCCCACAGGGUUGGCAUCGUGCUAUCACCCUCUUCGUCACCACGUUUGUCUUCAUCUGUCUGGCUGUCUGCUCCUACUCGGAUACCAUCUUCCUCAAAUUCCCCCGCAUUAUCUCAGCAAUCAUUUGGAUCAACUUACUCCUAUUCCUGUAUCUCCUAGUGUCCUUUCAUAAACUCUACCUUCCCUCCAAUGAGGUUGGGUUGGUGAUUCUUGUUGUAGUUACUGUCUACACCACGCUGCCCUUGCCAAGACACUAUGCAGUCAUUGCUGGUGUCCUUACGUGUCUUCCACAUAUUGUCGUCCUAGGAGUUUUAUCACAAGCAGAAGCAGGAGACACAGUGGUUCAGGUCCUAGCCAAUGUAGUUCUAUUCAUCGGUGUGAAUGUGGUUGGUGUAUGCCAUAUACAACUCUUAGACAUUGCUCAACGCCGAAAGUUCCUGGAUACUAGGAGUUGUAUAGAAUCCAGAGNNNUUCUCCCGUUUUUUCCCUCCUACCAGGAGAGGCUUCUUCUCUCAGUACUUCCUGCUCAUCUUGCAGCUGAGAUGAAAACAGAAAUGAUGGAACGGGUCCGUGACCCCACCCAAACACGAACACAGGGAACAGGCUUGCAGAAAAACAGCACAACACACUUCCAUAAUCUGUAUGUCAAACGGCAUAAAAAUGUCAGCAUUCUCUAUGCAGAUAUUGUUGGCUUCACAGCUCUUGCGAGUGAAUGUUCUCCAGCCGAACUAGUCAAGACACUUAAUGAACUCUUUGGGAGAUUUGACAGUUUAGCUGAGCAAUUUGAUUGUAUGCGGAUCAAGAUUCUUGGGGACUGUUACUACUGUGUGUCUGGCCUACCCAUCUCUAGACCCACCCAUGCUUGCAACUGUGUGGAGAUGGGGCUGUGUAUGUGCGAAGCUAUCAAAACAGUUAAGGAAGCCACUGGCGUCAAUGUCAACAUGAGAGUUGGAGUUCAUACUGGAAAUGUACUGUGUGGAGUCCUUGGACUCAAGAAAUGGCAGUAUGAUGUAUGGUCACAUGAUGUCAGUCUAGCCAAUCACAUGGAGAGUUGUGGAGAGCCUGGAAGAGUUCAUAUCACCCAGGCGACACUAGACAACCUGAAUGGUAAAUAUGAAGUGGAACCAGCACAUGGUCAGCAACGAAGCGAUUAUCUGAGUGAACAGAAUAUAGAAACAUUCUUUAUCAUUGACCCAAAGUCCAAGGAGGAUAUCCUUGACACUGAGAAUAAUGUCCAGGAAACCAGAGGGCGCCCUUCAAAGAAACUUGCACAUUACUUGGAGAGUUGGGGUGCAGACAAGCCGUUUGCAAACAAUGAGAGGGUUCAGUUACCCAAGACUGUCGGUGUGUCGGGUAUUUUUGCUGUUAAUUGUUGCUUGUUCCCAUUCACUCCUGUGGACCAUAACACAAGAAUGAAGAAGCAGACAGUUGUGUUCGAUAGGCGAGUUAAUGAAAGGAUGUUGCAAGCCAUUGAGUCAAUCAACACAGAGAAGCCUUGGUCACGGUCAGAUGACUUCCACAGAGGAACAAUGUUCUUCCGAAAAGCAAGCUUUGAAAAGAAGUUUGCCUGCAUUCGAGACCCAUCCUUCAAGUAUUACAUUGCCUGCGUGUGCGUGAUGUUCAGCUUCAUUUUAAUCUCCCAGUUCCUCACCCAACCUCGGAGCAUUCUGUUAAUUGUCUCAUUCAGUGUUGCUACCAUGGUGCUCCUGUUUGUACUAUUUAUCGGUAUGGCUGAACAGUUCAAGUGCAUUCGUAAGCUUGCCAUUGGAUGGCUGGCUAAAGUGGUUACAAGGCGAAGCUGGAUGCGUAUGAUUCUUUCCUUCCUAACGAUGGCUGUCUUGUUCACUGUCUCCAUUAUUAGUGUGUCUGUGUGUGAGACUCAGCCGGGAGUUCUUACUGUAUCAACUAUUUAUGGCGAUGAAUCUACCCUCACAGAAACUGGCAGUGGUGCGAACAUGACUGACAAUGGUCAGUUCUCUUGUAAGGCACCUGCUUACCUUGCUAGGAGCUGUCUACUUGCUCUUCUUGCCUGUGUCAUGUUCCUCCAGCUUGGCUACUGCAUCAAACUCCUCAUGAUGUUGAUAGGCUUUGGGGCUUAUUGUUUCAUCUUCAACUACAGUCAUGCUGUUGUCUUUGACAAUUGGGAUAAUGCUGUCUAUACCAACCAUGGCAUUGUUGGUAAUAUUCCUCUUCGUGUCAUGGCAACUGUUGAGCUACUCCUCAUGCUGUUUACUCUUUUCCUUGUCACCAGACAGAAUGAGUACCUGUCUCGGCAAGGGUUCCUAUGGCAGAUGAAAUUCAAAGUUGAAAGGGAAGAAGUUGAGACAAUGGAGUCAUUGAAUAAAGUGCUGCUGGAGAACAUGUUGCCUGCACAUGUUGCGGAACAUUUCAUGAAACAAAGGAUGAAAUCAGAUGAAUUGUACCAUCAGUUCUACAAUGUUGUUGCUGUCAUGUUUGCAUCCAUACCCAACUUCAAAGAAUUCUACACGGAGAGUGAUGUCAAUAAUGAAGGCCUUGAGUGUCUUAGAUUACUCAAUGAAAUCAUCGCUGACUUUGAUGAGUUACUUUCCAAACCCAAGUACUGCUGUAUUGAAAAGAUCAAGACCAUUGGUAGCACCUACAUGGCAGCAGCGGGCUUGCAACAACAUGAGAGCAGCGGUACAUCUAAGCAGUCACUGUACUACGUAGGGGUGCUGACAGAAUUUGCUAUGGCUCUACAAGACAAGUUGGAAUAUCUGAAUGCUCAAGCAUUCAAUGACUUCAAACUCAGAAUAGGAAUAAACCAUGGUUCAGUGGUGGCUGGUGUUAUUGGGGCUCAGAAACCGCAGUAUGACAUAUGGGGCAAUACUGUCAAUGUGGCAAGUAGGAUGGACACAACAGGACUGAUAGGGGAGAUACAGGUAACUGAACCCACAGCUAUAGUACUGAUGGAUUUUGGAUAUUACUGUGAGAGCAGAGGGUAUGUAUCGGUUAAAGGCAAGGGGAAACUGAAGACAUACCUCGUCAAGAGAGUCACACGGUCCGUCUCCCAGUCAACCAAUCUCGGCUCCACUUACUCAUGACAAAAUCUCAAGAGCCCUUCAUCUUAACAGCAUGCUAAAAUGUUCCUAAGGGAGAUAUUUCAACAAACAACUAAGUUCCUUCGGAUUAUUCAGUUCAAAAGGGAAAGCUAUUGAUAGCUUUGGGAACAAAUAUAAAGUGGAUAAGAAGUCAUAAGAGGUUUACCCGGAGAGAGUUGUAAUAAGGUGGAUUUCUGUUUCAAGUGGUUCACAGAUCUUGCAAAACAAGUUGAAUUUGUUUACCAGGUAACAUGGCAGUUAGAAAUUUGCUCUUGUUAAAUUAGAAGUCUCAGAAAAUUGAGCCCAGAAGUUUUAAUAGGUCAUUUGUAAGAAUUGAUUUUGUCUGAUUUUUUUUUUUUUUUGUAGUGGAAGUAUUGGCUUUUGUAGAUAACUCUUGAGUUGGAAUGUGACCAACUCAUGUUUGUGUGUUGUAAUGGAGGCUUAAAGCACAGCCCAAGCGAAUGCUGUGUGGAUUAUAAAGUGCAAUGUAUAUGAAACCACCUCUUAAGGAUUGGUUUGAAAGUUUCUGUAGUAUUAGUCAAUAGUCUCAACUUGCUGGAUAAAAUGUUUCUGAAAGAAUUAAAUGGGAAACAAUAUCCCUAAUCGUAAUGAUCUGAAUAGUGAAUAUAAGACAUAUAUUAAAUACUAUAUAUUGCAAACUUGAGGUUUUGGGUCAGAUAAAUGACAGGUAAAAGUAUUUUCCUGCUAUUUCUGCACUGGACAUCACCUCAUCCCAGUGAUUAAUCUUAGAGCAACUUUUGUGGACAGGAUGAUUUUUAUUGUUGUCAAUGCCUCUAUACCAACCCAUUGAAUGACUCCAGUUAAAUAUUUUGGAGCCAUCUUCACUGACAUAAUCCACUGUUUGUAUUUGUUGCUGAUUUUGUGGUUACCAUCAAUUUCACACCAACAAUGGUUUCCCUCUGUUAAAGUAUAAAACUACUGUAGAAAACGAGGUGCAUGUACGACAUUGAGAAUUUAAAGGUCAAAUAAAUUACAUAGUGCUGCUUUAAAGUUCAAUGGCUCAUUAUAUUCUGUAAUGUUUAAGCAAUCAAUCAAUUCUGCAUAGUCACUGCAUUCCUAACGCUGAGUCACUGCACACCAUUGUGGCUGGGAACCAAUGACACUAUUCUGAUUAUAGAUGGUUAAAUGAUUUGCUGCUUUAUCAUACGCUACACCAAAACUGCCACAAGAUUUUAUUUUGAUUUAAGGUUUUGUCAGAAGGUAGUGAAUUUCUGUUCAAUAAUUUUAUUCAUUCAAGUGCCUUGCCUUAUAGACAGUCAAUAUCACCUUCAAUAUUGCUAAAUUUAAAGAGUAUGAGUACGGUGUAAGCAUACAGAAAUGCAGAUGCCAUUGGGAAAUGUUAUGUUUCUCCUGGUAUUUCAUUUCAAUUUUUUUAAUCAAGUGAGAGAGAUGUAUGUUACCCCACAGUAGUACUUGGUUUCUGCAUGAUGUUUGCAUGUCAGAGUUAGCUGGAUUUUUUUUUCAGCAUGUUAGCAACUGAACUAUUGUAAAAGAUAAUUGCCAUGAUAUCUGUGUUUAAUGUUUACAACUCAAUCAUGGCAGUUGUUUAGAAUCCAAGUUUGCAGUCGACCAGAGAUCAACAAGCAUCACUGCACAUUGUGCAGGUUGCAAAUUAGACAUUAACACACUUAUCUUCCUCAAACAACAUGGGAGUUCAUAUUCAGUGACAUGACAAACACCAUAACAGGUCUUCAGCUUGGAAGGCACUCUCAUCAAACAAAUGUGACUCCACUUUCCGUUACUAACUGGACAAAUGAACAGCUUUGUAGAGGUUAUCCAGUUCUAAUCUGGCCACCACUUGUUCCAUAGCUAGUGCAUAUGCAUUUGAAUUUUGAUGUAGGAUAAAGGUACUUCCUCAAAUAUCUGGACAGGAAUCCAUGAGAGGGUAUCGUUUCUGCUGUUAAACAAGGAGUACAUGCUUCUAUCAGCUUGAUGUUGUCCACUGAGUUGUCUGGUUACCUAGGAAAUGAGAACUAUCUUUUACUAAUAAUAGAAAUCAGUGUUGGAUAGAUCGAUCUUGGUUAAAUGGACUAAACAAACUUCAAGGAAUAGUCUCAUGGUGCUCAUUAAAGAAAGAGCAGAGAGUUCAGUAACAAAAGAAUAAUAAACUUAUCGGCACUGUGAAAUUGAUAAUGCUGGGCAUUAAGAACAAAGGAUCGUGGGUGGACCCAUAUGUAGCUGCAGUGAUGUGCUUAGCAACACAUGUUGACAAUCAAUCAGGUUGUAGGUUUAUGACAUUCAGAGAUGCAAGUUGCCCAAUGAAAUUGCUUUAAAAUUAGUCUGUGCCAGCAUCCUUAUUUUUGAGGUUUAGCUGCAGUGGAAUCUGCAGUAGAUAUCUCAUUCUGUUAGAUGACUUCAUGUCAAAUAUUUGUGUGGAUUCAUACCAAAAUUUUACACUUGUGGGAUUGCAAGUUUCAUUGAUGAGUGACCAUUACCAUUUUCACACGUUUUGCUUUGAGUCUGGAAAUCAGACUUUUGAAAACAAUAUUUCUUGCUAAUAAGAGUUUAAAUUUUAUAUUAAUAAAACGUCAACAGAAACACCUGGAUUGUUUCCUAUAAGAAGAAAAAUAUCACACUUGUAUGUGAACAAAUUAUCAAAUUUCAUUUCCAAAAGAUUUGUUAUAAUUCCACACAAUACUGUGCUUGGCUUAUGCUCAGAUUACAGGUUUUGAUACUGGAUAUGACUGCAGCUAGCUUUUUAUAGAUUAUUUGAAUUAUUUAGAAUGUUUACAACAGUGUUGGAAUUAACAUUUCAGUAUGACUACUGAGUUCAAAACAAGAAAAAAGUACUUGAGUUUGGGACAGGUACUAAAAUGUUGAUUUGCAAAUUAACAAUCACACUUUCAAAAUUUCUUUUUGACUCCUUGUAAAAAAUGCUUUUCAUAUCAAGUAUUUUUAAAUAUUCCAAUAUUCUUUCUUGCCAUGCAUGUUUUUGCAUUUCUUUGUCUUCCGUUGAGGAUUCAUUCUCAUAAGGCAACUUCUUUGCAUGUGAAAGAUCAACAAGACUUGUUAAACAUUUCUAAUUGUCAUGAACACUACAUUUGCAAAACGAGUGAUAUACAUGUAUAUAUUUUGCAGAAAAUUGUGUAAUACAGCUCUGUUUACCAAAGUUGUCACUGAAUGAAAAAAUAUCCAAGUUACUUGUAUCAUUGGAUGAGUGAUUCCUUGAUCAAUAUGAACCCAUCCCAAAAAUCGGAUUGUUAUUGUUGCCGUGGACUAGUAUUUAUUUUACCAGAGCACAAAACAUCCAGUGAAUGUAUGAAUGGAGCCCAAAACACAUUCGGACUUCAUAAUGUGGUGAUAUAUAUAUAUAUAUAUUGUCUGGUUAUUUUGCAUGUACCAAAUAUACAUAUGUAAUAUACCAAGUAUAAAAUGGAGGUAAAAAUUAAAGGAAUAGAACAUUUAACAACAAUUUAUUCAAUAAUGGAUUUCUGUUCUCUUACAAGCUUUAUGAUUUCAACCGCAAAAAGUUCUUUGUCUGGGUUAGGGUUGGAGUAGUUCUGAACAGACCAUGAAGUUUAAAUGUAAUUGCUUCAACAGGUACCUGACAAUUCAGUAUCCAUCCCUCUCUCAGAUUUAGAUUGGCUGCAUGGUUGGGUUAGAGCUCCUCUCUGUUAAGAUUCUAGUCUUGCUCUUUAUUUUAACUAUGCAAAUUGGUCUGAGACUUUUGUAGUUACUUCAAAAAGUUGCAUCACUAUGGCCUGACAAGUUUGUCAGCAUUUGAGUUUCAUCUAAUACGACAUUUCCCAACAUACAAACCCAACCUAGAGAACUUUAUCUACAAUGCAUGGAGUGCCAUCUUACAAUGUAACAUAAUGAUUUCAAGGAUUGCUCACUUAUUAUAAAAACUACUCUUAGAAUGUUCCAUUAUAGCAAAUACUUAAUGGCAGCUUUCCAUGACUGCAAUGUGGAUAUUGAGUACACAUCACUUCAUUCAUUACAUCUUAUUGAUAUCGGUAUAAAUGUACAUGUACUUGUCCAUCCUUUCAAGUGUGAAGUAAAUCACAUGGUACACUUAUAUCACACAUUUGCACAUUCAUUAAAACUUGAAGCAGAUGCAAGUUGAAACAAAAGAAAGUCCAUUUGACUGGAAUUUAAUGUUUGCCAAGUACCAUGAGUACACAUAUAACAAAGCUUCUUGCACAAAGAUGUUAUCAGAUUUCCACACUGUUCUAAGGUUUCAGUAGACUAGAUUGUAAUGGAUAUUGUAUUCAUAUAUCUAAGAAUUACCACAAUAGAUGAAACUGCAGGAUGGUGGUGUCGGACAGCAACUCAUUCAAGUAAUUUAUCACCUUUUUAAUUCAAUUUGUUUUCUAUGCAAAUUUUAGCAAUAAAAGGAAAAAAAGAUGCA